AUAACCUCAUUAGCCCCUGUCAAAAGUUUCUAAAUGUCAAAAAGCCCAAAGGUGAAAAUAUUAUAAAAUAAAUGGAGGCUAUUUGAAUAAAUUAUGUUCCUCUUCAAUAUUUGUUUGGAUUUGUUAAUUGUUUGUUAAUUUUACUGUGUGCCUAUAUAGAAGAUUACCACCAAUAAUGGACGGGGACGACGACUCGACAGGCUACAGCCGUAUGCGUGCCACGAUCAACUAUCCGAAACACGCGAACAGCAGCUGUAGCGACCAAGCGGACAUGUCGUUUUUGAUGCUCGACUACCUCAAGGAUGCCAUGAAAGCUAUGGACAUGAUGCGUAGCCACUUUAUGCUCACCGAUGUCACUUUGGAGGUGGGAACCGAGCUGUAUCACGCCCAUAGGGUAGUAUUAGCGGCCGCUAGUCCAUAUUUUAAAGCCAUGUUUACUGGAGGUCUUCAAGAGUGCGAAAUGGCCAGAGUGAAGCUUCAGGGCCUUUCACCGACCGCCAUGCACAAACUUAUCAGUUUUAUGUACUCGGGUCGGAUACGAGUUACCGAAAAUACCGUUUGUCAACUAUUAUCGGCUGCCACUAUGUUACAGAUUCCGAACGUCAUACAAGCGUGUUGUAACUUCUUGGAACGCCAAUUGGAUCCGAGUAACGCGAUAGGAAUCGCUUAUUUCUCGGAACAGCACGGAUGCAUCGAGCUGUCGAAAAAGGCCAAUCAGUAUAUCGAGAGGCGAUUUGUGCAGAUCUGUCACGAAGAAGAAUUCCUUCAGCUUAGCGCCCAACAGCUGAUCAAACUGAUAAGGAAGGACGAGCUGAACGUGCAGGACGAGCAGGACGUCUACAACGCGGUCCUCAAGUGGGUAAAGUACGACGAGGACAAUCGCAAUCGAAAAAUGGAGGACAUUUUGUCCGCGGUACGGUGUCAGUUUUUGCCGCCGAAAUUUUUAAACGACCAGAUACAAAAGUGCGACGUGAUCAAGAAGACGCCCGCUUGUAGGGAGUACUUGUCCAAAAUUUUCAAAGACUUGACUCUUCACGUAAGGACCGCAGUAAAAGAACGCACCCCGAACAUCCCGAGGGUCAUCUACGUGGCGGGCGGUUAUCUGAAACAAUCCCUGGACAUUUUAGAAGGUUUUAACGUCGACGACAAAACGUGGAUAAGACUGGACCGAUUGAUUAUACCUAGGUCGGGAUUAGGUUGCGCCUUCUUGAAGGGUCAUUUUUACGCUGUAGGGGGCAGAAAUAACAGUCCGGGGAACAGUUACGACUCGGAUUGGGUGGACCGAUACAACCCGAUAUUGGACGAAUGGAUGCCCUGCCAUCCGAUGUCUUGUCCAAGGAAUCGGGUGGGAGUGGCUGUUAUGGACGGAUUGCUUUAUGCAGUCGGCGGCGGGGAGUGUACCAAAUAUCAUAACUCUGUAGAAUGUUAUGAUCCAGAACUGGACAAAUGGAUCCUAGUGAAACCAAUGCACUACGCCCGUCUGGCAGUAGGUGUCGCCGUCGUCAAUAGAAUCUUAUAUGCCAUUGGCGGUUUCGACGGUGUGGUGCGACAUUGUUCCGCCGAAUGUUACCAUCCGGAAAACGACGAAUGGUCGUUGAUUCCUCCGAUGCAUACCGAACGAAGCGGAGCAGGGGUUUGUGCCAUAGACAAAUACAUUUACGUUAUCGGAGGUUAUAACGGUAAACAGUUAAAUACCGUCGAACGCUACGAUACGGAGAACAAAGUUUGGACUUUCUUAUCCAGUAUGAACAUAUCGAGAAGCGCUUUGAGCGUCACCGUGCUAGAUGGCAAAAUAUAUGCUAUGGGAGGAUAUGAUGGCCACCAGUUUUUAAAGGAUGUCGAAAUUUACGAUCCCAGUACAGACGUUUGGUCGGAGGGCACUCCUUUAACUUCUGGUCGUUCCGGACACUCCAGCGCCGUCUGUUACAACUGCGGCAGUCAAGAUCGCGGCUUAGCAAUGGAAACGGAACCGACCGCAAUCGUUAAUUUACCACAACAGUGUUCAUCCAGUACCUCCACCGGUCUUCGGUAAUAUUUAUUUUAACCAGUUUUUCCUUCCCCCCGAGAUGCUGUGUAACUACUUUGUACCAUGUACGAUCUAAAUUGAGAGGAAUAUUUUUAAGAAAUGUUAGUUUAAUCCA